AUGUUAGUAACGUGUAUUUUAACCAUGGAGUCGACGGAUAUGCGAGAAUGGUUUAUGAAAAAUUUCACGGAGGAGAAAUAUGAGAGAUUCGUUAAAAGUAUCAAUGAUGAAUUGCCAACACUUGCUGGAUUUCGUCUUGCAGAAACACCGUUAUUUCUCAGUAAUGAAGUUCGUGAUCGAUUGAUUCGUGCAGGUGAUGAAAUAGUGGAUUUUGUCCUUCGUUCAGAUUUUAAACAAUUGACAGAAAAAGUCAUUCCGAACCAAUGGCGAUGUGCGAACGAAAACGAACAUCCGAAUAUUUUCACCAUGGACUUCGGCCUUUGGAAAGAUGAAAAUGGUGUAACAGUACCACGAUUGAUUGAGUUACAAGGAUUUCCAUCUUUACAUGCACUCGCCGCGUUCCAAGAAGAUGCUUAUCGUGCAGCUUAUGAUAUUUCAGCGGAUUGGACAAUUUACUUCAAUGAUUUUGACCAACGUCGUUAUCUGACAUUGUUCAAAGAGAUUAUUAUUGGAUCACAUCAGCCUGACGAAGUCGUUCUCAUGGACGUCAAACCACACGAACAACAUACGGCGGUGGAUUUCUAUUUCACACAAAAAUUUCUCGGUAUACCAAUUGUUGGCUUAGAUGAAUUGCAACAAGAAGGAAAGCGAUUGUUUUACGAACGUGAAGGACAACGAAAACGCAUCAAACGUAUUUACAAUCGAUUGAUAUUCGAUGAAGUUGCUGAUGAUCCUGAUAUUUUCAAAGAUAACGUUGACCUUCGACAAGAACUCGAUGUUGAAUGGAUCAACCAUCCGAAUUGGUUCUAUCGAAUAAGUAAAUAUCUCUUACCGAUUCUUAAAGGUGAUUAUGUUUUGAGAACAUAUUAUCUAAACGAAAUUCUCGAUCAACUUCCUCAUGAUUUGGAAAAUUAUGUUUUAAAACCAUUGUUUUCAUUCGGUGGUACGGGUAUUGUUAUCGAUAUAAAAAGAGACGAUAUUUCAAAAAUCAAAGAUCCAGAAAACUGGAUUUUGGGGCGCAAAAUCGAGUAUGAACCAGCUUUUCGACGUGCUGAUGACGAAAUGGUCAAAGCAGAAAUUCGUCUGACGUAUUUUUGGCCCGAUGGAGAUCAACGACCAGUAUUGACAACUAAUUGUACCCGCUUGAGUACAGGAAAAAUGAUCAAUGCUCAAUUGAACAAAGAUGCACGAUGGGUUGGAGGCACUAUUUCAUAUAUGAAAUCAUGA